AUGAAGGACCUAAGGACAUAUCUAGCAGAAAACAAGGUGGAGCAUCUGUACAAGAUAUUUAAGGGACUGGGGAUAGACGAGUCACAGCUACUGGCAAAGCUCAAGUACUCCGACCUCGAAAAAAUUGGAAUUGAAAAUCUCAUAGAAAGAAGGAAGGUCUUCGAUAUAAUCAAUGAGAUAAAUCAGGACAUAUACAAUGAAGACAUAGAAAUGAAUAAGAACGACUCGUACGAAGACAGCCUUCUCUCUUCCGACUUUGUCUGCAAAGGUACUGAUAGACCUGGAUAUCGGAUCUUUCCCGGCAGCCUUGCAGAGAAGAGUGGGGCUAUGUUUGGGAGCGGUGAGACUAUAAGCCAGAAGUUGUCUUUAUGCUCGAUGCCAAGAAAGAACAGCCCCAGGAAAUCUCUGAUCGGGCUAGAUGGCCUUGAUAUUGACGGCAGUAAGCUAAAUACUCACGGAGCCUGCAAUGAGAGUCUACUUACCUCCUCGGACACUGGAGGGCUUGGUGUAAAGGAAGAAAAGAUAGUUGUGUGCGUUAGAAAGAAGCCCUGCAGCAACCCAAAGAUGGAUGUGGUUGACAUCGAGGGAAGAAGCGUCGUUGUCAACGAGGAGAAGUUCAGGGUUGAUCUAAGACCGUAUGUAGAACAGUAUAGGUUUGAAUUUGACUAUUCCUUUGAUGGAAGCCAAAAGAACAUGGAUGUAUAUAGAGGAUGUGUGAAAAGUAUUGUGAACCAUGUCAUUUCUGGUGGGCUUGGGACUAUUUUGGCGUAUGGGCAGACGGGGACAGGGAAAACAUACACCAUGCUGGAAAGGGACACCGGGAUGAUGUACCUGGCAAUUAAGGAUCUCAUGGCAUUCAAAAGCCAUGGGGCAGUGACAUUCUGCGAGAUAUAUAUGGGACAGGUAUAUGACCUGUUAGAUAAUGGGAAAAGAGUACAGCUACGGGAGGUCAAUGGGAUUGUACAUCUGUCGAACUCAAGAGAGGAGAAGUUUGAGGGGUAUGAAGAGGCGCUUGAGAUCAUUGAAAAAGGAAUGUCGCUGAGAAAAACUGGAGUGACUGGAGCCAACUCGAAAUCCUCCAGGUCUCAUGCAGUGAUUUUGGUGAAUUUUUCUGAGCACAGAGCAGGCAAUGAAGGUUUUCAGGCCUCUGGGUCUAUUGUGUUUGUUGAUCUUGCAGGUAGUGAGCGCGGGUCUGAUAGGAAAGAGAUGGGGUCAGAUGUCAAGAAUGAAGGUGCUGAGAUCAAUAAAAGUCUCUUGGCUUUGAAGGAGUGCAUCCGUGGAAUGGAAAAAGACAAGAGGCAUCUUCCAUUUAGACAAAGCAAGCUAACCCAGAUUCUUAAGAAUUCUUUUAUUGGUACGUCCAAAACCUGUCUGAUAGCUACUAUAUCUCCAACACCCGAGAAUGUCGAGCACACUCUAAAUACAUUAAGAUAUGCUGCAAGGAUAAAGGAGAGCGUUGUGCCCAAGGGAAGAAGAGCCAGAGAUUCGCUCGGUGGCAACGGUAUUAUAGACCAGGCAAGACCGCCUCCGACAACCUCCAGGAAGGAACCUGAGGAGGAAUCCUUCGAACACCCCAGACUUGAAUUAUCUAGGAGCAGGGAUGUUCUUGUGCGUGAGAUUCAGAAGGCAUUGUCAAGGAUCGAGUCCAAGAUUCCAUUGCUAAGAGGAUCAGAGGAAUUGGAAAGAAUGUUAAGCCUCUGCAUUGAAAUGGAAGACAUAGUGGAUCACAGGACGAACAAAUAUUAA